AUGCUGAAGAAAGCAGACACAUUGCUACGUAAACUCGAAGAAGAUCGCAAAGCUAUUAGUAAUAUUCCUGAAAGUAUUGCCGAGGAGGACAAAAAGAAAGAAAGGGAAAAACUCAUGCGAGUAGAAGAUCUCAUAAACAAAUUGCAAAAGGUGCAAAAUAUGAGCGAGAAAAACCAGGAAGAGUUCCGAAAGAUAUUGCAAGCGCUCGAUGAUGACAAUGAUGGUGUAAUUGAUGCUGACCUCGUUUUGCGCACUGGGCGAUCAGGAAUUCUCACACCCUCCGUUCGCGAAUCUCUCAAGAAAGAAGUUGAAAAUCCUCGAAAAAGUACCGGUGUUGAGAUGUGA